AAUUUUAUGGUCGUUCUGAGCCGACCAGAUCAAGACAACCACCUCCAUCACCACCACCACCUUCUCCUCCUCCUCCUCCACCGCCACCACUACGACGACGACGACUACCGCUCCGCAGUCUGUUCUACGAAAUAUGGCUUUGUCGUCACGAACUGCAGCUCGAGCUCUACGAGCCUCCAAGCUGGUACACAGCGCGCCGGUCGUGUGCAAUGCCUCUCGCAGCUAUGCCACCGCGGAACCAGACCUCAAAGAGACGCUCCGCAAUGCUAUUCCCGAGAAACGUGAGCUGCUGAAGAAGGUCAAGGCUCACGCCUCGAAAACGAUUGGCGAGGUCAAGAUUGAGAACACGAUUGGAGGCAUGCGUGGCCUCAAGGCCAUGGUGUGGGAGGGCUCUGUGCUGGAUGCGAACGAGGGCAUCCGCUUCCAUGGCAAGACCAUCAAGGACUGCCAGCAGGAGCUGCCCAAAGGCACUUCGGGCACUGAGAUGCUUCCAGAGGCGAUGUUCUGGCUGCUGCUCACCGGUCAGGUCCCGAGCACCAACCAAGUGCGUGCUUUCAGCAAAGAGCUCGCCGAAAAGGCACAACUUCCGGCGUUUGUCAAUGAGAUGUUAGACAACUUCCCCAAGGACCUCCACCCGAUGACCCAGUUCGCAUGUGCCGUUUCUGCCAUGCAAUACGAAUCAGUCUUUGCCAAGGCGUAUGAGCGCGGCAUCAGCAAGGCUGACUACUGGGAGCCAACCUUUGACGACAGCAUCAACCUGCUUGCAAAGUUACCCACGAUUGCUGCCAAGAUCCACCAGAAUGCAUACUGUGGUGGAGGUGCUCUUCCCGCUGAGGUUGACCUAAAUCAGGAUUGGUCCUACAACUUUGCUGCUAUGCUAGGCAAGGGAGGUUCUGAGAACGAGAAUUUCCAGGAUCUGCUUCGUCUAUAUCUCGCCCUUCACGGUGACCACGAGGGCGGCAACGUGUCCGCCCACGCAACUCACUUGGUUGGCUCCGCACUAUCUGACCCUUACCUUGCCUACUCCGCCGGUCUCCAAGGUCUUGCUGGGCCACUGCAUGGCCUCGCCGCCCAGGAAGUUUUGCGCUGGAUUCUGCAAAUGAAAGACCACAUUGGCACCAGCUUCUCAGACCAAGAUGUAAAAGACUACCUGUGGUCGACAUUGAAGUCUGGUCGCGUAGUACCAGGCUAUGGUCACGCCGUCCUCCGCAAGCCUGACCCACGCUUUGAGGCUCUGAUGGAUUUCGCAUCAUCUCGUAAAGAGAUUGCGGAGGAUCCAGUUUUCCAGCUUGUCAAGAAGAACAGCGAGAUUGCGCCUGGCAUUCUGACAGAGCAUGGCAAGACCAAGAACCCCUUCCCCAACGUUGACAGCAGUUCUGGUGUCUUGUUCCACCACUACGGCUUCCACAACACGUUAUACUACACUGCCACUUUUGGCGUUAGCAGAGGGUUGGGACCCCUUGCACAGCUCAUUUGGGAUCGUGCGCUCGGUCUGCCAAUUGAGCGACCGAAGUCAAUCGAUCUCAAGGGAUUGCUCAAGCUUGCAGAGUCAUAGAUUUGACACCAGAGAAGUAGACCUUAAUGACUAGAAUACGACUCUCCUGAAAUCUCGC